AUGUCAACUAGCACGAAGACAGAGGUCGUUCUACCAAACGGAGAUGUUUCUUCAACGAAGAUAUUAUUGGAAAAUCUACCAGUUCUGCUUGGUGGAAUUUGGACAGAGAAUAGUAAUAUACAGCUCAAGGCAACAAAUAUCUUGCGGAGUCUUGUUUCGAGUGAUUAUGAACCGCAUACCGAUGGUGUUAUACAACUUAUACUUCUAAAACCAGCUCUACCGUUUCUUGAGCGCCUUGUGCAAUUAACAGAUGAAGAGUCAUCGGUGUUGUUUCCUGCUCUUCGUACCAUUGGAAACAUUGUAUACGGUGAUAAGCAUCAGGCUCAGACGGUUCUGGACCAUCAAGUGCUUCCUCGUCUCUUGAACCUUAUAACAAACAAUUACGAGAAGAAAAUCAAGAAGGAAGCUUGUUGGAUUAUCUCAAACAUCACAGCUGGGAAUUCAAACCAGAUACAAGCAGUGAUUGAAGCAGGUAUAAUUCAGUCUCUUUGUUUGGGUUCAGAAUUCAAAGUAAAAAAAGAAGCUGCUUGGGGAAUCUCAAAUGCUAUUUGUGGUGGCACUCAUGAUCAAAUCAGGUUUAUGGUGAGCCAAGGCUGUAUCAAACCGAUAUGCGAUAUUCUUGCAUGCCCUGAUCCAGUAAUCAUAACUGCUUGCUUAGAAGCGCUAGAGGACAUUCUCGUGGUGGGAGAAGCAGAGAAGAACUUGGGUCAUACAGGAGACAAUAACCUCUACGCUUCAAUGAUAGAUGAAGCAGAAGGACUUGAGAAGAUUGUGAAACUUCAAAGGCAUGACAACAACGAAAUAUACCAAAAAGCCGCCAAAAUCCUCGAAACCUUUUGGACUGAAGACGGUGACAAAGAAGGCAACGAUGAAAACCACGCUCCGUUUGGGUUUGUUUUGCUCUUGGAUCGAUUAACCGACGAUGUUACUGAACGCCCAAACGGGAACCGGACAAGAAAAGGGACCGCCGACGAAGAAGAGACGCCAGACUCUCGGCUUCCGCAGUCUCGCGGCUUCCUCCGACGGAGGACAUCAAUCAUCGACGAAAAUAGUAUGAUAUUGCUGGAUAAUAUACCAGUUCUCCUUGCUGGGAUAUGGCAAGAUGACUAUCAUUCACAACUGAAAGCUACAAUUACCUUGCGGAGACUGGUUACAACUGAUUUCAAACCUCACACGGAUGGUGUUAUACAACUGAAUGUUCUUCCUCGUUUGUUGAAGUUUCUUUCCGAUAAAGACUUUCCCAAACUUCAGUAUGAGGCAGCUUGGGCGCUCACCAAUAUUUCUGCAGAGAACACCAAAGUCAUUGUUGAAAUUGGUGCUGUCCCGAGAUUCAUCAAACUCCUCGGCGGCGGCUCUGCUAGGAAAGUUGUCCGCGAACUGUCGAUUGGGGCAUUGGGAAAUAUUGCUGGAGACUCACCAGAAUACCGCGAUCUUGUCCUAAGACACAGUGCCAUGACCCCUCUUUUGUCUCAGUUCAAGAAGCCUAUGAACCUCCGAGCGCUGAGGGAUGCUGCACGGACCUUAUCAAACUUCUGCAGUGGGAAGCCACAGCCUUCAUUUGAACAGACAAAACCAGCUCUACCGGUUCUUGAGCGUCUUGUGCAAUCAAAAGACGAAGAGGUUCUCACAGAGACAUGUUCCGCUCUGUCAUACCUCUCUGAUGGUCCAAACGACAGAAGACAAGCAGUUAUCAAUGCAGGCAUCGUCCCUCACCUCGUCAAGCUCGUAUCUCAUCCGUCGCCAUCAGUGCUGAUUCGUGUCCUUCAUACCAUUGGAAACAUUGUAACCGGUGGUGAUGAUGACGAGACUCUUGUUACGGUGCUUCAAACAGCAGAUUUUGAAGUAAAAGAAGAAGAAGCUGCUUGUGAGAUCUCAAAGGCUACUCAUAUGCAAAUCGAGUAA